AUGGAUGCUAGAUCACUAGCAGCUGACGCCAGCAAACCUCAGGGCAAAAAUGCUGAUUCGGGAAACAAAGGAACCUCUUCCGGAAAUGAGGGCAGCGCAAAUAAAGAUAGAAAUAGAAACAGGAAUAGAAACAGGAAUAAAAAUAGAAACAGGAUCAGAGAUAACAACGAGGUGGAUAAACCUAAACCUGUGACCGCAAACAAAGAAGGUCAAAAUGAGAAAUCGCAGAAAAAAAACAGGAGGCGGAGAAAUAAUAAUGAAACUACGAAAAAGGAUAUUCCAGCGUACUCAAAGAAAGUGCAGGAGGAUGGGCAAAAGCAGACGGCAAAAAGGCAAAAAGAAAUUGAUCAGUGUAUUCACGUCUUACCUGAUUUCAAACUGUUCAAAAAAGGUAGGCACGUCACCUCCUUUGGCUAUCGAAUAUCCCUUAUGACAGAUUCUGGUAAAGCCUCUCAGAAAGUGUUGUUCAAUAUACCUUUGGAUUAUCCAAAGACCCCGAUCAAGCUAGCGAUGAGAAACAAUGAAGAUGUUUCCUCUUAUAUGGAAAUUGUCACUGCGAAUUUCAACUGGAAAGCUCGGCAAUUAGUCAAGGAAAACUGGGAGAUUUUAUCCCAAAUAAACUAUUUAAUUAGUGAGUUUGAAAAUUUGAAACAACCGGAAUAUAAACAAAUUGAUAAUUUACGUAAUAGCUUUUACAGAGCCCUAUAA